CUCUAUCUCUCAAAAGAUCUCCGGCGACACGACGGUGAAAAGAUGCGGAGGUUAACGGCUAUUAAUUCACUACUGAAACGGAACAAUUCUCUUCUCCAGCGUCAUGGAUUCUCACAGACAGUAGCUCAGAGAACUACCUCCGUUUGCGAGACCGAAACAAAAAUUCCGAAAAUGCCCCCGUUCAGUUAUUCUCCGCCGCCUUACGACGGUCCAUCCACAGCAGAGAUCAUCGCAAAGCGGCGAGAGUUCCUCAGCCCCGCUAUGUUCCAUUUCUACAACACACCCUUAAACAUUGUGGAGGGAAAGAGGCAGUAUUUGUUUGACGAGAAUGGACGGCGAUAUUUAGAUGCCUUCGGAGGAAUAGCUACGGUUUCGUGCGGCCAUAGCCACCCGGAAGUAGUUAACUCCGUCAUCAAACAGUUAAAGCUUAUUCAACACUCCACCACACUUUACCUUAACCACACCAUCUCCGAUUUCGCUGAAGCUCUCGUCUCCACUCUUCCCGGAGAUCUCAAGGUGGUGUUUUUCACGAAUUCGGGUACGGAGGCGAAUGAGCUUGCUAUGAUGAUGGCUAGACUGUAUACAGGAUGUAACGACAUCGUUUCGCUUAGGAACUCUUAUCAUGGAAACGCAGCUGCUACUAUGGGAGCCACUGCUCAGUCCAACUGGAAAUUUAACGUCGUUCAGAGUGGAGUUCAUCACGCCAUAAAUCCAGAUCCAUACAGAGGAAUAUUUGGAUCCGACGGUGGAAAGUACGCGAGUGAUGUACAUGACCUUAUCCAAUUCGGAACUUCCGGUCAAGGAGUUGGAGGAAUAGUAGAGCUUGCUCCGGGGUACUUACCGGCGGUGUAUAACAUCGUGAGGAAAGCCGGAGGAGUUUGCAUCGCCGAUGAAGUCCAAUCCGGUUUUGCUCGUACCGGUACCCAUUUCUGGGGGUUUCGAUCCCAUGGUGUUAUCCCUGACAUCGUCACCAUGGCCAAGGGGAUCGGUAACGGUAUACCACUUGGAGCGGUUGUCACAACACCGGAGAUCGCCAGAGUUUUAAGCCGCCGGAGUUACUUUAAUACUUUCGGCGGGAACCCAAUGUGCACGGCCGCAGGACAUGCAGUACUUAGAGUCAUUAACGAAGAGAAGCUCCAAGAGAAUGCUAACCUCGUUGGCUCACAUCUCAAACGUAGACUUACACUACUCAAAAACAAACACGAACUCAUUGGAGACGUGAGAGGAAGAGGAUUGAUGCUAGGAGUUGAGUUUGUCAAAGACCGUGACUUAAAAACUCCUGCUAAAACAGAGACCCUUCAUUUAAUGGAUCAAAUGAAAGAAAUGGGAGUGUUGGUGGGGAAAGGUGGAUUCUAUGGGAACGUCUUCAGAAUCACUCCUCCUCUCUGCUUCACCCUGACCGACGCUGAUUUCCUCGUGGAUGUGAUGGAACACGCCAUGUCCAAGAUGUAAUUUACUAUCAUUACCCGAUCUCUCAUGAUCAUCCACCCUUGUACGUGUACAUAAAUAAGACGAUACAAAAAGUAAAAUUACAAUCUUUCA